AUGUCGCCGAAAUGGGCGAUGUGUUCGGCUAUCUCCGAUCUUUCCGUGUCCAUUUUUCCGCAUAGUGGCUCGUCUUCUUUGAUCCUUGUCCUGAUUGUCCUUCCCGUCUCUCCGGUGCACGCAGUUUAUGCUGUAAAGUUCGGAGCACUCCAUUUUGUUGACUUAUUCACGUUUGUUGGACAAGUUGGAGAAGUGGGUUGUUACAGAAAAGAUUUUUCCGAAACAAAUCGCAUGCUGAGAUAA